UCUUGCGAGCCUUGAAAUUCACAAAUUGAUGGCAUUGGUUUCGAAUGAGCACACAACUGAUUGAGUUUUAUGGUUGACAUUGGCGUGAAAUGCACUAAAGAGUGAACUGAAGUUCGACUUUAAGCAAAAACAAAAAGAAAGGAAACAAAACAUAAUACAAUGGCCACCAGUACGCUGCAAGCGCAGCCUGCAACAACAACGGCAACAACAACAGCAGCAACAAUUGCUGCCAAGAAUCCGCAAUUGAAACGCGUCGUCUAUUCCAAGUAUCGUGAAUUACUGGGCUCGUACAAUGAUAAGGCGAAUGCCAUUAUUGAUACGCUACCCGCCUAUAUGGUGCGAGAGGAUCGUGGAUUUCAGCACAUGGAUCCAGAGACCUAUGGACAACGCGGCGCUGGAGGUGGGUAUGAGGCGCCUGCCUGCGUACAGAACGCGAUGAUGACAAAAGACAAGAAGCCCUUCACCUACACGCCUGGCGGCAUCGAUCUUUCGCAAAUCAAGUCGGAGCGUAUGGCCAAGCGGCUGGCGCGGAAUGCGCAGGCGGAGGGCGCCACUGGAGCCUCACAACAGAACAGACCAGCACAGCCUCUGUCGCCGAGUGGUGGGGGCGGCGGCCAGGCCGCUGCUGCGAUGGGCGCUGCAGCGCUUGGGAUGCCCUUUCAGGUGCUGCCGCCACCACCACCGCCACCACAGCCGGGACUGGGACAGGGACAGGGACAGGCCGGUAAGAAGCCCACAAAUGGCAACAAUGUUGCUGCACCCCCACCGCCACCCCCACAAAGCACAUUAGCGCCGCCAUCGGGUCGCGUCAGUGCGCCCGGUUCGCCGGCCACCGCACGCAAGUCACCCACCCCGCAGCGUUUUGAGCCGCCACCGCUGGGUUUCCGGCCAGAAAUCAAAAUACCACCCAAUCCGAUGGCUGCGCUGCGCAAAGUGCCACCACCGGUGGAGAAGAACACCUUCUGGAAGGAUGAGUAUGUCAAGGAGCGUUCGAAGAGCCCCAAUCCGGAAGCCGCGGUUCCGGUGGCGGCUCCCCCAAGCGCCUCCUACAAUGGCAACAAUGAUUACAGCAACAACAACAGCAGUAACAGCAACAGCAUUGAUGCCGUUGAUGCCUUCAAGCGUGCAAAUGCCACGCCCACAUUGAACACACAACCGGCCACGCCACAGAGUUUCGACAGCAACAACUACAACAAUGGCAACUUCAACAGCUACAACAAUAACAACAACAGCUACACGCCCUACACACCCACAGCCCAGCAGCAGCAGCAACAGCAACAACAAUACCAGUUGCCCUCACCCAAGACACCACCAUUGCAGCAACAGCAGCCCACACCACCGGCAACACCACCGCAGCAGCCACGGCAAGAAUUCCGCAGCGUGCCAAUGCCACAGUCCCCCGCAGUCAAUGUUUACACACGUCCGGCGGAAGCCCCGCACUCUCCCUUCGAGCAACAACAACAACAACAACGCGCGACCAAAAGUCCUUUCCGCUAUGUCCAGCAGCAGCAGCAGCAACAACAACAACAGCAGCCAGCGCAGCAACAGCAAUCGCCAAGCCAACGUCCACCCACAGCCAUUUCACCACUGGCCCAACCACAGCCACCACAACAGGCACCAUCGCCAGCACCAGUACAGACUGUGCCUUGGCGCACCCAACGAGCUGUCACUCCUGCACAGCCACAACAACAACAACAACAGCAGCAGCCGCAGCCAACGCAUCCGCAGCCUAUUUUCAAUAAUGUGCAGCAGCAGCAACGAUCUCGCGAUGUAUUCAGCCCAGCCAGAACAGAAACAGCACCACCACCACAGCAACAGUAUCAGGCUCCGAAACCGAGCAAUAUUGGUUCCUUGUACAUAGCGCCAUUGGCGCAGCCGACGGAGCCGCAGGCCCAGCGCAUUGUUCAGCAAGUGGCACGUGAUUCGCCGAUGCGCCAAUUGCCACAGCAGCAGCCACAACAGCAACAACAACAACAGCAGGGUGGUCAACCACUCCGUUGGCUCAGCUCUCAGCCAGCGAGCAAGGAGCAGGCGCCCUGGGCCCGUGCCGAAGAGAAUGGCAACGUAUUGCCCUCAAGUUUGCGGCAGACAACACCAGCACCACAGGCUGUUAUUUCUCAGCAGCAACAGCAACCGCCGGCGCCACAGUCGACUCCAUACUAUCAGCCCCAACUCGUCCAGGGUAAUGGCUUUGGACAAGCACCGAGCCAGCAAAACUUUGGAUCAAACGCACAACCUAGCGGUCUGCGUUUGCAGAUAAAUACGAAUGCCAAUGUGGCAGCCACCAACAUUGUGAAUCAAAGUGGUCCCCGGGAGCGCAUUAUACCAAUUACAUUGGAGCAAACGCCCACCUAUGCCGCUGCGCAGCCCAACUUUGGUGGUUAUAACAACUAUCCAGCAUCCACACAGUCGCUCGCACAGUGGCGCGAACCGAGCAUUCAGCGCGUAAUAUCGCCCACACAACAACAACAACAGCUGGUCAACAACACCAACAACAACAAUACACGCACUAUACCCAUUUCGAUAGAGGGAGGACGAGGUGGACCUGUUUCGCAGUCGCCGGUGGUACUACAAAACGAUCCACGCUCACCACCCAUACAAUCGAAAUCGUUUAGAAUUUUACAAAAGAUAACCGAUACAGUAGACGAUGUUGGCGUUGGCAAUGCCAAGCCAGAGACCCCCAAACUUGAAGAUCAGCCAGCGCAAUUACAGCGCCCCCAGUUCGCGCGUCAGAUGAGCGCCCAACAGGCACGCAAUAGUCCGACCAUUGAGCAAAUGCGACGCAUGCAAAUAUCACAGGAUCAGCAGACGGUUACGAGUUCGCCGCCAGUGGUAUGGUCGCAGCAAGGUAAUGGCGUUGGUACGCAAAAUCGUUAUACACAACAACGCUCCAUAUAUGACACACCACAACAGCAACAACAAUAUAUCCCACCCAGUGAACAACAAGCACCGGAACCGAAAAAAUAUACCGGUAGCGCUAUACCCAGUCGAUCAUUCAAAAUUUUACAGGCAAUGACCACACCGGAAAAUGCCGAACAUAAAAUUCACACCGAGCUGGACUCGGAUUUGGAUAAACUAGAAUUGAACGAAACCACAAAUAAUAGUGAUAAUAAUAAUUAUAAUAAUGAAAAUAAUCGAAAUAACAAUAAUAACAAGCACAACAAAGAAAUUAACAGUGAUUCUAAAAAACGUCAUAGUUACACACCCACAUCCACAUCCACACCCACACCGCCGCCUAGCACGAACACAAGCAUAUCUCAAGACACACACUCAUCCAAUUCAUCACUUAGUUCGGACAGUUCUUGUCCGCCACAGCCUCCGCGGUCGCAGUCGGUGCCGCCGCAAUUCCCUUAUCCCUAUGGCUAUCCUUAUCCCUGGUACAUGCCUCCACCUCCUGCUGUAGCGACAAAUUCAGCGGGUCAGGUUAAUGGGGAAUCGCCGUGCGUUCCUCCGCCAAUGCCUCCUCAUAUAUUGAAUUGGCCUUAUCCUUAUCCCUAUCCACCGCCACCACCCCCUUCAACGGACGGCAAACAGACGGACGUUUAUCCACCCUAUCCCUAUUACUAUCCCUACUAUCCACCCCCACCCCCUUACGGUCAAGCACCGACCACAGGAGAGGGCCAACAGCCAACAGUGAGUUAUCCCAGCUUUCCCCCACCGUAUGGGGCAUAUCCCUACCCUGUAGCACCCAGUUAUAGUCAGAGUUCUACUGAGAGUCGCGCUAGCAGCGUACUACCAGAUAUUAUAAUCACACCUAGCACCGAUGAUGUGCCGUCGCAGAUCAUUAUGCAGCAUCAUAUCAAAGUGGAGCCCCGUGAGCCACCCAAACGUGCGCACUCGGUUGAGAUAGAAGAGGUUUCUUCCCGGCCAAAGAAUCGCAACAUAUGCAACAAUAGGCAGGAGGUUAUGGACGUACUGAAUCAGCGAUUAGCGAGCAUUAAUAAGAUCUCAGGUGGAAACACCCAAGCAAACCUAUCAAAGCAACUACAGAAGAACUAUGCUGGCGAGCAGUCAAAAAAGCUGGGAGACCGGUCGUCUAGUGAAAAUGCAUCCCCGGUACAAGUAGACAAGAAACUGGAAGACGAUGACAGCUCUGUGGACGAUAGCAGUGAUGACGAGGUCACACCGAAGCAUGCACCAAGUCGUCCAGCCCCGCUACAAGCAAUCAAGUCAGUCACCAAUGUUCAGAUCUAUAAGGGUCUAGGCAAGCAACUGGAAGAAUUGGAAUCGGAAAGUGAUAGUGACAGUGAUAGCGACGAGGAUGAUGUGACCACUGCGGACGGAGAGAGCGAAAUCUUUGACGAGGAGGUUGCCGAAGAGGAAGGAUUAGUUGAAGAAAUAGACGACUAUAUGGUCGAAGAAGAUUUGAGUGUUAUCUACGAGGAAGAAAGUGAAUUAGAACGUAGUAGUGAGUACGCCAAAACAGUUAUCAAACGAGAUGGGUCAAACGUCAGCGAUGCUACCAUCGGAGACCGUCACAUUGACGAGCUGGACAAGCAAAUUGAAGAGAACGACAAUGCAGAUGGUAAUGAUGAUGACGAUGAUGAGUCUAAUUCGGUCACUGUACGGCUGCCAUUACGUUUCUCCUUCAGUCGCAGCUCAAAUGAUGAGAAUAUUGCCACUGUGGAGGUAGGCAACACAACACAAUUGGAAGAAAAACGAAAUAGUAUCAGCCUAGAUAAAAAACGUUGCUCCUUCAGCAUAGCCAAGGUAGACAGCGAGUCUGAGCCAGAGGAUGGAGACAAUGACUGUGAAGUUAGCGUGACUAUUAGUCUGUCCAAUUCAUCGCGUUCCAAUUCGUUGGAUCUGCAGGCUAAGCCCAGCUCUGUACAGGAUAUUGCUACACCUGUGGUGAGCAACGAAGAUGUCUCAGCAUCCUUCUCAUUAGGAAUGCGCAAUAAAUUUUUGGGCGAGACCAAAACUGGAGAAGUGACAAAUAACAUUGCCUUAGUUGAGGAUGUGAAUGAAGUGGAUACAAAAGUGACUACAGAAGCAGAACCCAAGGAAGAGUUCGAUUUCUUCGCCACACUAAUGGCUACCAAAAUGCAAGCACAAAAAAUGAUGGAGCAGUCAAAGAAUUUUUGGAAAGUACCUGCCAGUAAGCCUGUGGAGCCAGUAGCAGAAAAGAAUGCUACGGAUUCGCCCAUUUUGAGAAGCAAACCCAGUGAUGCACAACAAAGGCCUAGACCGAAAUCGUGCGACAUGACUAAAACAAAGGCGUCCCUAGAAGCAGCCAAGAACAGCUUCUGGUCCACUUUUGAAGCAGCUGCAAAGGAGCCAGAGCCACAAACCGAGUCAGCAGAGCCAGAAGGGGAAACAGAUUUCUGGUCACACUUAGAAAAAAACGAGGAAGAGAUGCAAUGGACUAAGAAAAAGAAAACAGUUACAUACACCCCAUUGCAACGGGAGAAUAUAAAGAUAAUAGAUCAUUGUGUUUCUACACUUAAACCAAAAAUUGACGUCAUGCCGCAUGCACAAAAUGCUGUGAUUAGUUUUGUAGAGGAACAGACUCCAAAGGCAGAUACAAUAGUUCAGGAAGCAGAAGAAGAAGACGAGGAAGAGGAGGAAGAUUUCUGGGCCUCGAUUGAACAAGAAAAAACUGCUAAUUCCAGCAGAAAUUAUUUUCCCCGUCAGGAACAAGAUUUCCAAGAAAACCAGGAAAAUCAACAUGAACAGCCCUUAGAGCAGCAUGAGCAAGAUGAUGAGGAUAUCGAUUUCUGGGCGGAUAUCAAACCCACCAAUGACAACAGUGAGAGUAAUAAUGUACCAGAGUUCCAAUUCGAUCCCACUAAAUACCCGGAGGAACCACGUGAAGUUGAUACCGAUGAGGAAAUUGAUUUCUGGGCUGAAAUUGAAGCAAAUCGCAAGAACGACGAUGAUGAUGUGACCUUCCACAAAUCGGCCACAUUCUGGGCACGCAAGGAGCGACAAAGCUCGGUGGAGGAGACUCCCUAUAAGCCCGUGGAAACCAAAGCUUUUCGCGCCAAGCUGCCUGAUGAGCCUGCUGUCGAAAUUGAUGUGUGGGCCACUCUAGAGGCUGCUCGUGGCGAAGAACCACAAAUAGUUGAUCCGAUCAUUGAAGAAGAAAACGUCUUAGCAGAGCAGUACGAUGAAUUGGAACAUGAAGAAGUGGUCGAUGAUAAGGAAGAAAUUCCUACUCAAGAGCUGGAAGAGUGUCCCAGCACUGAGACGACUCUAAAUCGCGAUAACACUAUGUCUUUAGCCUCCAUGCAUGAGCCAGCAACAGUGCACACCUGGAUGCCCUACACACCAACAGUUGAGUCAACAGCCAAUAACGACGAAGAUGAGCCCGACUUUUGGGCUGAUAUUGAACAGGACCGAGUUAACAGGGAGGAGGUGGAAGAAGCCGAACAGAAACGACACAAUUAUCGCAAAGCUAUGGCUUUCUUUAGCACUUCCAUUGAUGAGCAUAAAGAACAACAGGCGACAGAGCCAUACAAGCCUAUUGAAAAGACCACUCAAAGUGGAAGCGUUAUACCAGAAGAAACCGAAACUCCACAUAACACAGAUGACUCAGCAGAAUUUGAUUUGGGUCCACCUGGUGGAUAUGUGAUAAUUGGUGAAGAUGGAGCAGUAGUUGAAGAGCAUAAGCCAUUCCCUGCUGAUCAAGAGGAGGAACGUGCCUCUGCCACGCCCACCAAUAUCGAGCGUCCACUACCCCAGGUUUAUGUAGAACCACAGCCAAAGCCACAGUCGAAGCGUCUACCAAAUGGACUGCCCGAUCUCGAAGUAAACACUGAAGUAGCUCCUAAAAUUUCGGUGCGUGAGCGCAUUAAUGUCUUUGAAACGACCUCAGAUACUACCACUACAAAUAGCAAUCCCACAACAACUAUAGCUUUGCCACCCAAGGGAAAGGGCUUUUCCACCCAUUCGCUUUCGGUGGAGAGCUGCAAAGGCACUCUCUCACGCAAUAGUAGCACGCAGCGUUCGGAAUCAGAGAUCGAAGAGGACGACUCUGGCGUUACGGAUAUGAACAGACAGUUGUCGGAGACAGACACUGAGUCCGAAAGCUUCCCCGAGCUGCGCAAAAUGACGAGCUACCAACGCGCCGCCACACAUUCCAGACUUUUUAAACUCUUGCAGGACGAGAACGACAUACCCGAGGGAGAAGUCAGCCAGCCAGAUGAGUUCCAAUUCAAGCCCAGCAGACGCAAAAUUGUGCAUAAUGUGUCCAUCACACGUCGUCAGAACCCCAAUGCUCUGGCCGAUGCAGAGACCAUGACACAGCGCCGGGAACGUCUCUCACUGCCGUUGCGCAAGAAUACAAGCAUUGAUGCGGACAACCCCUCGACCCCAAAUAGUCCAGCCUCGCCCAUUAUGGGCCAGCCUCACAAUCAGCGGGUUGUGAGCGAUAAGUUGGUCAAUGAGCUGGUCCAGAGCCUGCUCUUGAAAAACGACAGCACACAUUUGCGCAACCUUCCGAUGGAACGCUUGCAAGCAGCGGCCAAGCGUGCUCUAGUUGAGGAAAUGGACUCAUUGGAUAACACCUCCGGAGACAGCACUCCGGCGAUAACACCGAAACAGGACAAAGAAUAUGCUGACUAUUACAACAGUUGGUCUGAUGCCACAGGCGCCGAAGAAAUUGUGCCCUCCAAGGCAUUCCGUACGCUACAGGAUGCUCGCCGCAGCCCCUGGACUGCGCGCUGCCCCCGAGUGUUGAGCUCUAAGACUAUUAACCGGGACCUGUCGCGUGUAACAGAGUCACCGGAAAUCGUUAGCAGUAGGGGCAGCAAAAGCCCCGAAUGCUUUCGACAGUCACGGGAAAAGUCAGUGAGCAGUUGGCGCAAACUCUGAGUGGGAGGUAAUAGGAUUAGCGUUGGCUGUUUGUACAUAGGGGCGGGUCUCUUAUAGUCUUUAGUAGUACUUGUAGUUUGAAUGGGCGACAUUGCAUUUAGCGUGGUUCACAACCAUAUAACAGUCACUGCCCUUUGCUCCUUCCCUUGAGAAGGAUGGCCAGAAAUUGCAUUUUUCAUUGAACUCACUGUACAUUUUAAAUCACUCAGAAUAUUAAUAAACUAAAUACAUAUCUAAUAAAUAAUGUAAAUAAACAAAAUAUCUGACAAAUCAAACCAAAACCAAAUCAAGUAAAAAUCGUUCAUUCGUUGGUUCGUUCGUUACCUCAGUAAAGCGUUAAAUCUUCGCCAGUCAUUUUUCAAAAAUAAUAAUAAAAACCAACUAUUUCAACAUUCUCGAGCAAACAUAAUAAAAACCGAAAACCAAUAAUUACCAAACUGCCACAAUAAAAACAAUUUCAUCAUCUCAAUGAUAUUGUAAAACUCGUUCAAAAUCCUAAG